AUGAAAAUUGUGAAUUUUGCUGACAAAAUGAAUAAAAAUCAUUUGAAUUCUUUAAAAAAAGAAAACGAUAUUUUAUAAAAAGUUUAAGGAGACUAUGUUGUAAGGUCUGUUUAUACUUUUACACAUGAAUAGUAUAUUUGCUUUGUAAUGGAGUAUAUGGUAGGAGGUGAUUUAGGAAAUAUAAUUUCAACUUAUGGGGUUUUAAGUGAGGAAAUGGGUAGAUUUUACAUUUCGGAAAUUAUUUUGGCGGUUUCCAGUUUACAUUAAAUUGGAAUUAUACAUAGAGAUUUAAAACCAGAUAAUUUACUAUUAGACUCAAAUGGACAUUUAAAAUUGACUGAUUUCGGACUUUCUGAUAUGGGAUUUGAGAGCAGGAAAAUAAAUUAGUAAAAAAUAGAGGAUUUUUGA